AUGGAGCUAUUUAAAGUGACCUUGAGUCCUGUGGAACCCACGCUCUACACCAGAAACUCAUCCUUGGAUAAAGCAGGUGGGUCCACAGAGCCCUCCAUAGAGACCCUUUCCAUGAGCACUUACAUCUACAUUCCCAUGCUCAUCUGUCUCCUGGGAAUAGGGGGCAAUGGACUGAUGAUCAUCUUUCUCACCUUCUACAUCAAAAGGAAGCCUUUCACGGUCUACAUUCUGCACCUCGCCACGGCUGACUUCAUGGUCCUCCUCUCUACAAUUAUCUUGCAGCUGAUAAACUUUUCUAGUGAAGACCUCCAGAAGUACAUCAUUUACAUGGAGAUUUUCGGCUACAACACGGGUCUCCACCUCCUCACUGCCAUCAGCGUGGAACGGUGCCUUUCCGUGCUCUACCCCAUCUGGUAUCAAUGCCGGCGCCCCAAGCACCAGUCGGCUGUGAGCUGCACCGUGCUGUGGGCACACUCUUUCCUUGUGUCAGGCUUAGAGAACUUCUUUUGUGUCUUUCAGCUGGAGCCUCAACUUCCAGAAUGCCGAGACGUGUACAUCUUUUCAUGCGUCUUGACCUUUGUCUUUGUCUGUCUCAUGGUCUUCUCCAAUCUGAUCCUCUUUGUCAAAGUUGGCUGUAACCGGAAACCACGCCAACCAGCCAAACUCUAUGUGAUCGUCACCGCCACGGUGGUCCUGUUCCUUGUCUUUGCCAUCCCUCUGAAGGUCCUGCUCAUUGUGGCUUACUACAGCAGUGAUGAGUCUGUGUGGGACUUCUUCCCUUACUUGAAUAUGCUGUCCACUAUCAAUUGCAGCGUCAACCCCAUUGUUUAUUUUGUGGUGGGCAGUAUCAGAAGGAGAAAGGGCAGGAAGUCCUUAAAAGAAGUCCUGCAAAGGGUCUUUGAGGAAAAACCCAUGCUAACUUGA